UAGAGGCAGCCGAGGCUUCACAAAUCUUCGAUUUCUUCCUCUUUCUUUCUCGUGUCUCAGUCUCAAAACCCUAAAUUCCAGUCUCUCCCUCUCGGAACCAUGUCUCAAGAUGCUUCUGUGGACCGAAGAAAACGGACCCAAGCGCCAAUCUCUGGAAACGCUGACGGAAACAGGAACGGGAACGGAUAUGCAAACGGCAUCGUAGAGGACGAUGAGCUUAGGCUGAGGCUGCGCCCAAACGAGAAUCACAAGCCGGAGAGCUACGCGGACUUGCAAUUGGAUUUCAGCCCGCUCCUCUUCAGCUCGCUUGAGCAGUACUUGCCAUUCAACAUGCUCAACCUGUCACGUGAGCUCAAGCUUCAGUACAUGCGCCACAUUCUGCUCCGUUACUCGCCCGAGGGCGAACGCACUCGUGUUCAAAGGCAUAGAGAAUACAAGAAGAUGAUAAUGAUAAAUUAUACGCCUCUUCACAUUGAACUGUAUACUAUGGAUGCUGCAAAAUUCUUUGUCCCCUCAUUUCUCAAAGCGAUCAAUGACAAUACAGAGGAGAGUUUUAGAAGCAUAAUGACCGAAUCCUCUCCAGGAGUUUAUACAUUUGAAAUGCUUCAGCCACAUUUUUGUGAAUUGUUGCUGUCUGAGGUAGACAAUUUUGAAAGAUGGGUCCAUGAGACAAAAUUCAGAAUCAUGCGACCUAACACAAUGAACAAUUAUGGUGCUGUUCUUGAUGACUUUGGACUGGAAACCAUGCUUGACAAGUUGAUGGAAGACUUUAUAUGCCCUAUAUCUGGAGUUUUCUUUCCUGAAGUUGGUGGAUCCACUCUGGAUUCGCAUCAUGGUUUUGUGGUCGAAUAUGGAAUGGAUAGAGAUGUUGAACUUGGUUUCCAUGUGGAUGACUCCGAAGUCACAUUGAAUGUUUGCUUGGGCGAGCAAUUUUCUGGUGGAGAUUUAUUUUUUCGAGGUGUUCGAUGCGAUAAACACGUGCACUCAGGAACCCAAUCAGAGGAGAUCUUUGAUUACUCCCAUGUUCCGGGGCGUGCUAUUCUUCAUCGUGGUCGCCAUCGGCAUGGUGCCAGAGCCACAACAUCUGGGCAACGGGUCAACUUACUUUUGUGGUGCAGAAGUUCGGUCUUCAGAGAGCUGAAAAAAUAUAAAAAAGAAUUCUCUAGCUGGUGUGGAGAGUGCCAACGUGAAAAGAAAGAGAGGCAGCGUAUUGCAGUUGGUGCUACAAAACUGGAAUUAUUCAAGAGGUUACAAAAAUCCACUUCAUGAGCUUGUUUCUCGUUCAAGUUAUAUAUUACCUUUGAAGUUGUAAAUAAGCAGAAUGAGGGGAGCAUUUUUUGUUGGUCAUAUAUAAAAUUUGCAUAGGUUUAUGUUGGUAAUGGGAUGUCUUUCUGUGCUCUGUUGCUAAAAUACAUUUUGGGGGUAGGCCUUUGUUGGCAAUAUUUGAAGGGUAGCUGUACAUUCAGAUCAGGUCAAUUGCAAUGCUGAGACACUGCUAAUGCGAUCA